GCCGGCUUCCGGCGGGAGAGCGCGGAAGCAAGAUGGCCACCAGCAAGCGUGUGCUGUGGGCUGGCAGAGGAGGUAGAUGACAAAGUCCUUCAUGCUGCUUUUAUCCCUUUUGGAGACAUCACAGAUAUUCAGAUUCCUCUGGAUUAUGAAACAGAAAAGCAUCGAGGAUUUGCUUUUGUUGAAUUUGAGUUGGCAGAGGAUGCUGCAGCAGCUAUCGACAACAUGAACGAAUCUGAGCUCUUUGGACGGACAAUUCGUGUGAAUUUGGCCAAACCCAUGAGGAUUAAGGAAGGCUCUUCCAGACCAGUUUGGUCAGAUGAUGACUGGCUGAAGAAGUUUUCCGGGAAGACCCUUGAAGAGAAUAAAGAAGAGGAAGGGUCAGAGCCUCCCAAGGUGGAAGCCCAGGAGGGAGAACCCACUGCAAAGAAGGCCCGGUCAAAUCCCCAGGUGUACAUGGACGUCAGGAUUGGGAACAAGCCUGCCGGCCGCAUCCACAUACUCCUUCGUUCCGAUGUCGUUCCCAUGACAGCAGAGAAUUUCCGUUGCCUAUGCACCCAUGAGAAGGGCUUUGGCUUCAAGGGAAGCAGCUUCCACCGCAUCAUCCCUCAGUUCAUGUGCCAGGGCGGUGACUUCACCAACCACAACGGCACCGGGGGCAAGUCCAUCUACGGGAAGAAGUUUGAUGAUGAAAACUUCAUCCUCAAACACACGGGACCAGGCCUGCUCUCCAUGGCCAACUCUGGACCAAACACCAAUGGCUCCCAGUUCUUCCUGACAUGUGACAAGACGGAUUGGCUGGAUGGCAAGCACGUGGUGUUUGGGGAAGUCACGGAAGGCCUGGAUGUCUUGCGGCAGAUUGAGGCCGAAGGCAGCAAGGACGGGAAGCCAAAGCAGAAGGUGAUCAUUGCCGACUGUGGGGAGUACAUGUGAGAUGGGGCCUUUUCUGCACUGUCCCCACGUGUCCAGGAGCUGUCAGCCCCAGGAACCGCACCUGAGGGUGUCCUGUUUGCAGCAAGCAGGAGUUUGUGUCGUAGCCCUUCUCAGGGUCACCUUGGAGCAGCUUCUCUGUGGGAGUGGCCUGGGAUCCCUCUGGCUCUUUCCCAGUGUGGCCUUGGGCCUGGGAACUGGUACAGGCCCCACCGCCCCAGUGUGGACAGGCUGUGCUUAGCCUUUUCCAGGCCUUUGCUUCCAGGGCCUUUCCUGGGCCCACCAGUGUGGCUCCGGAUGUUUCUUCUCGUAAAAUAAACCCUAGUUCUUGUGUU